UCUAUUCCUUAUCUGUGCCAGGUGCCAUCUUUCCUUCCUCCCACAACUUUGGAAGGAAAAUGGAAUUAGAGAAGAAUGGAUCUGUUCUGGGAAAUUAUCCCAAGCUCCAGAGUUCUCAUUUAGAGAUCUUGCUGCCCUGUAAAAUGGAGAUUUUAAAAUCCAGAACAGCAGAGAUGUUGGUCUUACAUCCUCUGCCUCCUUUCUACUGGCCCCAAAAGUGGGUCUAUGCAUUACCAUUACAGAUGAGAGCUGGGGUUUAAAGCUCUCAUCCUUUGAACAUCAUAUAAAAUGCCUUUGUGUCGUCUGGCACAAUUAACCUAAGAGAAAGUAGGACAACUCCAGGACUGGAGGGACCUGAUUGACUCACCUUCAAAACGGGCCUAUUUAAAAGGUUUUAGCCUCUGGCCCCUGAGAGAAGGUACAUCUUUCCAUGGGGAAAACGGCAAGGAAGGUAUUUCACCACCGGCAGAAAAAGAUGUCUUCCCCCGUUCCAGGGGGCUGGUUAUACAGGGAAAUGAGAGCCUCACUUGUAGACUUGGGUGACAACAUGUACCUCAAGCUACGUAUGUGCCCAACACAGUAGCAGGGACGUGUCACCUGAUUCUCAGGUUGGAAGUAGUUUCUUAUCCUAAUCUGUCUUCCUUCUCUCUUGAGAGCAGGACGAUGUGGAGCAAUGCACCUCUCUUUUAAUCUCUGUGCUUCAAAAGAAGCAGAAUCAAGGACUAAAUGUUGGACAGCCACUCUAGUGCCACCGAAUUCCACCUUCUAGGCUUCCCUGGGUCCCAAGGACUACACCACAUUCUUUUGGCUAUAUUCUUUUUCUUCUAUUUAGUGACAUUAAUGAGAAACAUGGUCAUCAUCGUGAUUAUCUGUGUGGAGAAACGUCUGCAGUCCCCCAUAUAUUUCUUCCUCAGCCACCUCUCUGCCCUGGAGAUCCUGGUCACAACCAUAAUUGUCCCCAUGAUGCUUUGGGGAUUGCUGCUCCCUGGGAUGCAGACAGUAUCUUUGUCUACAUGUAUUGCUCAACUUUUCCUGUACCUUGCUGUAGGGACCACAGAGUUUGCAUUACUUGGAGUGAUGGUUGUGGACCGUUACGUGGCUGUGUGUAAUCUUUUAAGAUACAACAUCAUUAUGAACAGCAGUACCUGUAUUUGGGUGGUAAUAGUGUCAUGGGUAUUUGGAUUUCUUUCUGAAAUCUGGCUGGUCUAUGCCACAUUUCAGUUUACCUUCUGCAAAUCAAAUUCGUUAGACCAUUUUUAGUGUGACCGAGGGCAAUUACUCAAACCGUCCUGUGACAACACUCUUUUCACAGAGUUUAUCCUUUUCUUAAUGGCUAUUUUUAUUCUCAUUGGUUUUUUGAUCCCUACAAUUGUCUCCUAUACCUACAUCAUCUCCACUAUCCUCAAGAUCCCGUCAGCCUCUGGCUGGAGGAAAGCCUUCUCCAUUUGUGCCUCCCUCUUCACCUGUGUUAUAAUCGGCUAUGGCAGCUGCUUGUUUCUCUAUGUGAAACCCAAGCAAACACAGGGAGUCGAGUACAAUAAGAUAUUUCCCCUGUUGGUUUCCGUGUUAACCCCCUUCCUGAACCCUUUCCUCUUUACUCUUUGGAAUGACAAAGUCAAAGAGGCCCUCCGAGAUGGAGUGAAAUGCUGCUGUUAACUCCUCAAAGAUUAG